AUUGCGCGUCUACGGCCCACGGCAGUCCACAUUUCUAUCUCUUGUCUAGCUAGGUGUCUAAGCUUAGCAUUGUAGGCACGCCCGAUUGGUUGGGUUGCAAUUCCUCGAUGGUGCUUCGCAGCCUUUUACCGCUUCGCCACGCGAGUGCCGACUGUUCGAGGGGGGCCUUUCACGGAAGGAUAGAGGAUGGCGGCAGCAGACAGCUUCCCAGACCGUGCCACCGCAUAUUCGAGAGUCGCUUAUACAGUGGAGCCUGUCUUCUGGUGCUUCGGCGUAGAAGAGCAAAUGGGGUCGAUGCGCGCGAUAGACGGAUCGUUCAAGCAAGCGCCAAGUGGAACCGAGCGAACCGCGGAGCACUUUCAGCUCAUCGCAUUCAUGGCUACAGCAACGUGCUUUGCUGCUGCAGCUCUCUCAGUCUCCGCUACGGAGGAGACUUGUGGGUCGUUACUGAUACGGAUUAUCGGAAAAGAUGGGUCUUGCCCUUCGUACGGUAACCGCGACACGCUUCGUCAUCCUGUUUCGUGCGCAAGACCGGUCUCUUAGUGAGGCGACUUCACGUUCUGCUUAUCGUUUUGUUCCGUAAUCUCUCAUGAUAUGUUCUCAUACACCACGCGUCUUUGCGCUGCACCAAUCCAACAUAGAUAUCCAAGCGAGGCUCUGCCGUUACAUUGCAGAGGUUCACAGGCGUUCUCCGGCUGAGAAAGCAGAAGCCUUGUGAACGAAUCUUAAUACCCAUCCGGACGCCACUGCUCCUGCUAUUGCUACUCCAUACUGGCUCGAGCGGAUAUCGCACC